AUGGCCAGCGUUGAGGUAGAGUCAGCGUCAGUAGCAAUCGCAACCGAGGUGGACACCACCACCCCAGCGGAGGCACCAAAGGAAGAGACCGUAGAAGUAGUUGUUCCAACCGAAGAAGAUCCGGCCGCCGCUGAGGAGCCGGCUGUGGGAGAAGCGGCUCCACCUGCAGUCAUCGCCGUGGAGGAACCAGCUCCAGUUGAGGCAGAGCCACCAGCUGUAGAAGAAGCCGCAGCUGCUGAGGAAGCCCCAGCAGCUGAACCAGCCGCCGCCGAAGAAGCUCCAGUUGCAGCGGUGGUAGCUGAGGAAGCUGUUGAAGUCGCUCCAGUUGCUGCUGGUGCUGCUGUAGAGGAGACUCCAGCUCCAGUUGAGGAAGAAACUGCAGCCGUUGUAGAAGAGGCAGCUCCAGCUGCAGAAGAGGCAGCUCCAGCCGAGGAGGAAACAGCGGCGGAGAAGGCUGAGGAGUAA